AUGACGCUCCUGCACACGGCACGCAACCGGCUGUCUUACGUCAAUAUAACCAUUGCACACGUGGUGUUUGACGCAGAAGCUCACAAGCAGUAUUAUCAUAUCGUCAGACUCAGCUCCAUUUCAUACCACUCAAGAUGCCUGGACCCUGCUGCAAUGAUAAAUGCGUGUGCGCCGAGGGAGGCUGCAAGAAAGGUUGCCUGUGCAAGAGCUGUCGCUGCGAGCCCUGUGAAAAGUGCACAACGGGGUGCUCUUGCUCCAAAGAGGACUGUGCCAAGACCUGCUCCAAGCCAUGCAAGUGCUGUCCUUAGGCUAAGCGCGUCAUGACUGUCUACAUGAGUCUCUCCCGGGCGGCGGAGUGGACCGGAGGAGGAGGAGAGAGGGUGGGGGGGGGGAAGAUUGGGACCAGUCUUGUGAUUGUUAUUGAUGUGUAAAGUCACCCUUCUAUGGGCCUAUAUUGAAUCUGACUUAAAUUAUUCCGUUAAUGUACUUAUAUUAGAUACUUUAUAUUUUUUGUAUUAAUUGGCUCUUAUGUUCUGCUACAUUGAAUAGAUUCUAUUAUAUCUUCUACUGUAUUGAAUAAAGGAGUCUAAAUUG